AACCACUUUCCAUAAUAUAUAUUAUGAUAUUCUUUGGUACGUACUGCAUUGGUUUUUCUGGUGCCUUAGUAAGUAACUCCCUCUUACUCUUCUUCCAUCACCAACCACAAACACAUAAUCCAAGAACAGAUCACUUAGCUCGCUGUAAUGGCAGACAGUGUAGUUUCCUUUGUUUUGGAUCAUUUAGCCCAGCUUGUGGCACGCGAAGCUAACUUGUUGUAUGGCGUGGAGGACAGGGUCCAGUCCCUCCAGUACGAACUUCAGAGGAUGAAAGAGCUGCUCAGUAGCACAAAGAGCAAGAAGGGAAUGGAACAUACAGUGUUGAACCAAAUCAGAGAUGUGUCCCACUUAGCUGAGGAUGUCAUCGACACAUUCGUGGCCAAAGUUUCCAUUCACAAGAGGAGAACCAUUAUGGGGAGGAUGCUCCUUGGCUUUGGCCAAGCAAAGUUGCUUCGCGAUGUAGCAGAAAAAAUAGACAAGAUCAAAGCCACUCUCAAGGAAAUACGCGACAACAAAAGCAAAUAUGAUGCUUUCAAAGAAACCAAUAAUCAAUCUGCAGCAGAAGAAGAGGAAGAGGAGGAGAAGGAAGGAGCAAAAUCACUGCACAAGCUAAGAAGAUAUGUGGAGGAAGAUGACGUGGUUGGCUUUGUUCAUGACUCCAAGGAUCUCAUCAAGCGACUCCUGGAAGGUGGUUCAAAUCGUAAUGCUGUCUCGACCAUUGGCAUGGGGGGAUUGGGGAAGACCACCCUUGCCCGAAAGGUCUAUAACAGCACCCAGGUGAAGCAACACUUCAAGUGCCGUGCGUGGGUUUAUGUGUCAAACGAGUGCAGAGUUAAGGAGCUUUUGCUUGGCCUUCUUAAAACCUAAAAGAAAUAAACAUAGCUCUUAUUUUCAGAUUUAA